AGGAGGAGGAGAAGCCGGAGUAAAGUUUGUCCAAGUUUGCACAUCCCUUCGGAAACGCCAUUUUGAUUCCUCUCCUCUCCGGAGCGAGUUUGCAGCCUCUCUCUCUCUCUCCCUUCUUUUUUUUCUUCAUCCCCCCCUUUAUCAUCCACCAUCACCGCCGUUCACCAUCAUCAUCAUCGCCCCCACCACCACCAUCAUCAUCCUCGCCACGAUGUCUCGGCGCAAGCAGCCCAACCCCAACAAAGUCAAGCCAGUCAUGGAAAACUCCACAGAGGAGCUGCGAGAAGGGGGAGGAGCCAACACUGAGAUAAACGAGGAGGAGGUGGAGCUAACAGAGGAGAAAACGCACAGUAACCUCAAAGGAGCGGUUAACGGAGUGAUGGAGGCGGCAGCGAGUGGAGGAGAGAAGCUACAGAAUGGAGACCGAGGUGGAGGAGGAGGUGGUGGCGGCGGCGGAGAAGGAGGAGGAGGAAUCAUGGGAGCUGAAGGAGGAGGCGACCUGUCCUCCAUCAACGCCAUGAUGUCAACGGUGAUGUCGGCAGCAGGGACCAUCAACGGCGGAGGAGAUGGAGAAGGAGAGAGUGGAGUCACCUCGGCCAACUCCUCCGCCGGGCCCUCCCCGAGCCCCUCCCCCAGCAAGUCACUCACAGCAGCCAUGAGAGCCCCACCCAGCCGCAACGCACGACGCAACCAGGACACCAAAGACGACAGCUCAUCUUAUAUCUGUCCGCUGUGCGACAAGAGCUGUCAAACACAACACCAGCUCACCAUGCACAUCAGACAGCACAACGCCGACACCGGAGCGACGGACCACUCCUGCAGCAUCUGUGGGAAGUGCCUGAGCUCGGCCUCGUCGCUCGACCGGCACAUGUUGGUCCACAGCGGGGAGAGGCCGUACAAAUGUAGCAUCUGUGGACAGACGUUCACCACCAACGGCAACAUGCACAGACAUAUGAAGAUCCACGAGAAGGACCCGGCCAGCGGUCUGCUCCCCGUCAGCCCCCCCUCCCCCACCAAACGCCGCCGUCCAUCCGUCAAGAGGAGGCAGGGACUGGAGGAGGAGAACGGAGAGGAGCCGCCCAGCAAGAAGGUGGUGGAGGACGCGGCGGCGGAGGAGUCGGCGGCGACAGUUCGCGGAGCAGAGGAGGAGCUGCUGCCCUGUCCAAUCUGCUUCAAGACCUGCAGCUCCAGACUGGAGCUGGACGCACACAUGGACACACACCCCGACACUGCACUGAGGUGUGAUCUCUGCUGCCUUUCUUUCCGAACUCACCGUGGUUUGUUGCGUCACAACGCAGCGGUUCACAAGCUCCUUCCUCAGGACCCGAACGGUCGACCCUUCAUCCAGAACAACCCCUCCAUCCCCACAGGAUUCAACGACCUGGCCUUCAUCGACUUCUCCUGCAAGAAGUUUGCUCACAUUGCACAGGUUUGGUGUGAGACCAACCUUCGUCGCUGCAUCAGCAAGUUCCACAGGUUUGUUUGUGACAGCUGUGACAAGGCGUUCCCCCUUCGUUCUGCCCUUGACCUCCAUAAAACCACCUCCCACCCCGAACCCAAACCCACCGCCACUGCCGCGGAGGAAAACAUGGAGGUAACUGAAGAGGAUGGAGCUGAAGAAAACAGCGCUGAGAAGGACAAUAAGGAUGUUGAGAAGGAAAUCCUGCCCUCGGAACAGGCCAGCUUCUUGGAAGUGCUGGGUCUUCAGCACAUCUCUACGGUGAAGUCUGGUCCUACAGACGAUGAGAUCCAUCAGGCCCAUCUGGACAGCAUCAAGGUGAUCCACGUGGAGCCCCCGUGCUCCAGCCUUCCCCAGGAGCCAGCUUCAGCCUACCUGUCCGGAGGUCUGGGGCUGACUUUGGGUCUCGGUGGUCUUGCGGCCCUUAGCAUCCCACUGCUGGAGGCCUCUGCCUUGCAGGGCCUCUCCCAGAAAGACGCGCUCAGCCUGCUGUCCCUGCAGCCCUUCCAGACUGGCUUCCUCCUGCAACCUGAUGGGGGCGCUGCGACAGCCAGCGCUGCUUCGUCAGGUGCCAAACCCAGUGAGGCGGGUGGAACCGGGAUCAUGGAGCUGGCUGACAUCCAGCAGAUCCUCAAAGUGGCGGCUGCGGCACCCAAUCAGAUGGGACUGACCCUGCCACCUCUGGCCAAAGCUCCUGGACUCGCUGGAGGUCAAGGUCAAGUCCAGGGUCAGAAGGCAAUGCCUCCGUUGAAGCCCAAGCCUCCAAUCACCCCUCGCUCUAGCCUCACAGCAACGACUCCUCCCCCGCUCCAAAGCUCCCAGCAGGCCUCACUGGGCUGCAUCAGCCCCAGCCUGCCACCUCCCACCCCCACCCUCUUCAAAACACCCUCCUCGUCUUCCUCAUCCUCCUCUUCAGCUGGGAACGGAGGGCAGAUGGAUGCAGAGUGCAUGGGUGACACGCCGUUGUCCGAUUCGCCGCCAGCUGCCACCACAGCUGUACACGAGGAGGCGGGGCUUAGCGGGAGGAAGUCAGGAACCAAAGGGGGGAACAACGCCAACACCGGCUCAGCUAAAGGCUCAUUCCCAUGCCGCUUCUGCGACCAGGUGUUUGCCUUCUCGGGUGUCUUGCAGGCUCAUAUGCGCUUCCACCUCGGCAUCCUUCCUCACCAGUGCAACAUUUGUGACUACGUGGCUCCAGACAAAGCGACGCUGAUCCGACACUUGCGGACACACAGCGGCGAGCGACCAUACGUCUGCCGGGUCUGCCAUUAUCCUUUCACUGUUAAAGCCAACUGCGAGCGCCACCUCAGGAAGAAGCACGCCAAGACCUCGAGGAAGGACAUUGAGAAGAACAUAAAGUACGUCACCUCCACCACUACAGCAAACAUCGCAGCUGCGAUCACUGCUGCCACCACCCCCACCCAGGACACGGAGACAGGCUGCACCGGAGCUGAGACGACAUGCCGGUUCUGCGGCGAGGACUUGAAGACCUACCGGGCACUGCAGAUCCACCUGCGCACACACAACGGCUGCCAGAGGAAGCCCUUCGAGUGCCGGCGCUGCGGCGCUGCUUUCCUGGCUAAACGCAACUGCAUCCACCACUUGCUGAAGCAGCAUCCUGAGGUGCAGGAGAGGGAGAUUGAGGAGCAUAUCGCCACGCUCCAGCCGGCCGCCGUGCCCGUCGCUACUGUCGUCUCUGCCCGAGCUGCUCCGGUGAAUCCAAUGGUGCUCAACGGGAUCAGUCAGCCUCCGAUCCAGGCGCUCCAGGCAGUGAAGGUGGAGGAUCUGGCUAACGUGGUUUAUCCUGCAGAACUGGACCAGCCGCUGGACUUCUCUGCUAAAGGUCGUGGAGCCGGCAGCCAGGCGGGGUCUCCUGGGGUCAAACUGGAGAGUGUCUCCCCCAGCUUCGACUGCUCCGUCCUGGACCAGCCCAUCGAUCUGUCCAUCCCCAGCAAGAGGCAGCGGAGAGAGGCCUCGAAUGGGGAGAAGAGGGAGAUAAAGAUGGAGCAGAGCGGCGGCAGCAUCGUUGAACAGCAGCAUGCUCUCGCUCUGUCCAAGGACGAGAAGGCGGGGAGCAGCCUGCCUCCCCUCCACCCUCACCCUCAGCUCGGCUGCUACCAGCUCCCACCUGGAUCCACCCCUCCCCCUGCCUCAGUCUCCAACCUCAGCAGCUCUGCUCGAGCCCAGCGCCUCAAACCACUGCUGCCCAAACCGGCCUCCUCCACCUCUUCUUCCUCCUCGCCCUCCACUUCCCUGAAAGAGCUCCCUCCUCUGGCUUCCAUCGCUCAGAUCAUCCACUCUGUCUCCGGAGCUCCAGACCUGCUGAAGAGAGAGGCCACCUCUCUGGAGGGCAAACCCUCUGCCGCUUCCUCUCAGGCCGAUUCAGCUGCAGACGCCCCAGGGACCUCUGCCGGUCUGGAGACACAGAGUGACGACGCGUCUGAGGGAUCGUCCAGGAAACGGUCCAGGAAGAAGCCGGCUGCCCUGGCGGUGAAGGAGAAAACCCUUGUGAGUGGUGGCGGCAGCGGCAUUGACCUGGAGUCCAGUGGGGAAUUUGCCAGCGUGGAGAAGAUGCUCGCCACCACAGACACCAACAAGUUCAGCACCUACCUGCAGACUGGAGCUGCAGACCUCGGAACAAAGAGAGAUGGUGACAGAGCAGGAGGAGGGGAGGAGAAGGAGGGAGUGGUGAAGGAGGAGAUGAAGCCGGUGGCGGUAGCAGCAGCGGCGGCAGCGGUGCCUCCACCCAAAGGGAAGAAAAACGCCUACUCCAACUCUGUCCAGAAGAUGACCUGCCCCUUCUGCCCCCGGGUGUUUCCCUGGGCCAGCUCUUUGCAGAGACACAUGCUGACACACACCGGUCAGAAACCAUUCCCCUGUCCCCGCUGCGACGCCUUCUUCUCCACCAAAUCCAACUGUGAGCGCCACCUGCUGAGGAAACACGGCGUGACCCACAGGACGCUGCGCCGCAACAGCGCCCUCGUGAAGAAAGAUGGAGACGAAGGCUCACACGAGAGCGCAGAGAGUCAGUCGGAGACGGAGCAAGUUGCACCAGAAGCACAAGACCUCGGCAGCGGCGCCACCUCCACAGACUCAGGCCCCACCCUCAGAGCUGAGAGCCCCACCCCAUCUGAGCAGGAAGGGGCAGGGUCUACAAAAACAAGCCCCACCCCCAAAUCAAACCAAGGUUGUAGUUCAGCUGAAAGUGGAGCUGAGCAGCCGGAAACAGAAACCACAGAGGAGCCGGACCAGCAGGGGGCGCCAGAGACCAGAGCAGCACAGGGAAAACAGCCCCCACAGAGCAACAGCACAAAGGUGGAGAGCACAGACGACGACGACUGCCACAGCAACAAAAGUCUGGACCUGAACUUCGGCAAAAAGCUCAUUGACUUCAAGCUCUCCACAUCCUCAGGCUCUGCUCAGGAAGAACAAAUCUCCCAGCCUGCCUCUUCAUCUUCCUCCUCCUCAUCCUCAUCCUCAUCCUCUACCUCUGCUCCCCAAGUAGCAACAGAGAGCCCAGAGAAGGAGGAGAAAGAGAAAACAACCACCACCUCCUCCUGCUCCUCAGUGAAGCAGCAGCCCGAGUACAAACACGUGUGUCGAGUUUGUAAGAAGAGUUUCCGUUACGCCACCACUCUCGCUCGCCACGAAAGGGCGCACCUCUCCGAGGAGACACCGACACCGCCGGCAGAGGAGACACCGCCAGUGAAAGAGGAGGCGACGGAGAGCAGCAGCGCCGCCGCCAAACCCACGGAGGAGGAGAAAGAAGAAGAGCAGAGGAAAGAGGCAGAGGUGGAAGAGGAAGACGGAGUAGUGAAGGGAGGAGAGAGCGAGGUGGGGGAGAGCGGGGAGUCGGAGGAGGAGGAGAAGGAGAAGGAGGAGAGGAGCGACGAGGAGGCGUCAGAACCAAAGAGUUUGGAGGGAGGAGAGACGUCAGGAGGACGAGUGGAUAAGAGGAAGAAGAUCUGUAACGUCUGCGGCAAACGAUUCUGGUCCCUGCAGGACCUGACCAGACACAUGAGGUCACACACAGGUGAGCGGCCCUACAAGUGUCAAACCUGCGAGAGGACGUUCACGCUGAAGCACAGUCUGGUCCGUCACCAAAGGAUCCACCUGAAGCCCCGCGGAGCCGACGGAUCCUCCGCCGCCAAUGACGACGUCAGCGAGGACGGAGAUUCCUGCGCCCCGACCCCAACCUCCACCUGCCCGCCCUCGGAGAACGAAAGCGACUGCGGGAGCGGUGCCCCGGGGGCCACGGAGCUGGAGGAGGAGGACAUGAAGGAGGAGGGAGAGGGUCAGCAGGAGGCCGAGGACGAAGCAGGAGUCGGCCACAGCGGAGGAGGAAAACCCGGCAAAACCAGCAGAGUCCAGAGCGGAUUCAGAACCACCGGCCGAAGACGGGGAAGCAGAGGAGAAAUCCGAACUUUCUGAGACGCAACAACCCUCCGCCGACUCGACUCCCAGCCAGCAAGCUACUGACACAAAGACAACUACUAGCGACGACUCAAACACCUCCAAAGACCCCCUUCCCUCCUCCUCCACCUCUCCACCAGGGGACACCGCAACAGCCUCCGCCCCGGCUAAGGGCUUCAUCCAGGGGCUGCUGGAGAUCCACGCCAAGCCCUCUCUGGAGCACAUCCUGCCCAACGGAGAGCCUCCUCUGGUGGGGGUGGACUGAGAGGACACACCCUCCCUCGGCUGCCUAAACCAACAUCACCACAGUGCCAUACGACGGGAAGACGCUACACCAUUGAUGAUGAUGCAAAAACCAGCCCGGAAAACUUUUUUGAUAGAAAGACGAAAACCUCGUUUUCUUGAAGUGCCUUACUACUAGUCCUACUUCUAUGAUGUUUUUUGCUAUAUCUUUAUCUGCAUUAUUACGGAGGAUGGAUCUAAUUUUUAUAGCUUUUUAUGAUGACAAUGAUUUGCAUUACUAUUUUUUUGUGCGGGGAAUCUAUAUUUCAGCAAUAAAAAGAAUAAAGUUACGAUUUAUUAUUGUUCUAGAUUCUGUUUGAGAAUUUAUGAUCAACUUAGGAGACGCAGAGAGACAGAUAAAGACUGAGACGGACUGUCGGUAUCUGCAUUUAUUCUUCUGUAUUUAAAUCACAGCUGGGCCGCAGCCACGCAUCUGAGACGGAACAAUCCAAUUUGUAAGAUUUGAACCAGCUUCUGAUUUGAGAACGAACUAGUGAGGGUGAGGGGACUUGACUGUUGUUUUUUUUUUUGUUUGUUUGUUUUUUUUUGUUUUUUUUUGUUUUUUUUUUGGGUCCGUCAGCCACAGCAGCGUUUCAAAAUUCAGAAUCCACCAGCCGCUUCUUCUGUUCGACCGUUCAGAUAUCCAGGAGGCGAUGGCUGGUGGAGCCCAGUUUCACCAGCAGAUAAAAUGGCUGCCACCACAGACGCAUGGUGGUCAUCUCCAACUGUUGUGGCUAAGGAAGCUUUUUGUAACUGGAAAACACAGAAAAGCCGGUGCUUCGUCGUCUUUUUUUGGCUCGCUUCUGCACCAAUCCCCGUCUCUCUCGGCUCGGAUUAGAAAAAAAAACACACAAAAACAUUCACAAACUUGACCGAAGUCGCACCAGAUUUCUGUGUGAAAACUCUUGAAAGGGCAGAUAAUAGUGUUGAUCAGUUUGUGUUCUCCAUGUUGUGUUUUUUUUUUUUUUAAAAAAAAAAACAUCACACUAUUGAUCCCUUCAUCCCUUGAAGCCACCCUGUGAGUUGGUUUGUGUGUUAAUAAUUUCUCAUUCAUAAUCAUUCUCAGUUGAUUCCAUGUGUGUACAGAGUUGAACAUGUGGCACGUGAUGCUAGAGUAUUUUCUGUUUUUCUGCGUGUGUGCGAUUAUCAGUGAUACUUAGGUGUAGGGAGGGGAAUUCUUGUGUUUUGUGGAUUUUUUAUAACUGAACAAAUCAAUUUUUUUUGUUGUGUAUGUGUGCGAAAGUGUGUGACUCCCACCUGUCUCUCAACGUCACCCCCUAGUGUUCAUUUAGGGUUUAUUACAGGGCCUCUGAUGUGCUAAUGUUUAUCGCCGCUAACACCUGACCCAGGUUCAGUUUACCUCAACUUCUGCUUUUUAACUGCAACCAUUAAAACAACAGAUGAGCAGCACUGUAGGCAACCCUUUAAAUCCUAUGUCUUCCUAAACAGGCUAGCAUGGGCUAAUUCUUUGCUAGCCUGGUUUCCACUGUGGGCCAAAUCACAGUUACCCAGGGCUAACUCCUUAGCAUGGCAUAAGACACAGCUAGCCAGGGCUAACAUGUCCAAGUCGUUACUGGCUUGGCUUGCACAAUGGCCCAAACAAGGCAAACUAAGACUAACUCGUUAUCAUAAAUAGAGAUAGCAAGGGCUAAGUCAUUGCUAGCAUGGUUUGCACAAAGAACCUUAACACACACAAGUAGCAAGUACUCAUUAGCUUAAUCUUCACUGCAGUUUAUAAAAGGGCUAACACUAGUUAGCUGUAGUUAUUACCCUCGGCUGACUAAACAGACGUCAGCCACAGGGGCUAACUUGUCAGACGAGACAACUUAAACUAGCUGCAGAGGCCUUAAAUGGGUUAAUUUCUUAGCUAGCUAUCUAUUUGUGUAGCGGGCCCUUAGAGUAGAAGCACAUGCUAGGGCUAACUAACCAGACCAGACAAAAUAAUCAAUUUAUUACUGGCUUAGUUCAGUUAACAUUUGGUGUGACCAGUUAGCUGUAGCUAUAUCUCUUCAUUAGCCAAAGCUUUGUGUACCGGGCCCUUAUCAGACACAUGCUAGCUUGGGCUAACUGACCAGUUAACUGAGCUAAUGCAGCAUUAGCCAGCAUUUGUAGCUCACAGCAGGCCUAGCUAGACUCUUCCAGUAUUAUCAUAGUAUCUUGAGCUGGCCCUGGAUUACUUAAGUACUGUUUCUCUUUUUAACCCUGUCUUCUCCUACAUUAACAGACUUACCCCACUUUUCUUGUCCAGUAUAUUUAGAGGUGAGAGCAGCUAAUAAAGAAGCUGUCUGAAAACUCCUAAAUUAAAUGGUCAAAUUAAGUGUUUAGAGACAAUCAGUUUUAAUCCUUAAACUGAAAACCAAUUUUUAAAAGUGUAACCCCUCAGUUGAAACUCAGUGUAAUUUCCAGAAGGAGGUAGAUGACAGGGUGAAAGGGAUGGAUGGAUGAAUGAAUGAAUGGAAGGACAGACAGACGGCUGGAUGGAUGGAUAGGUUGGGGUGGGUGUGAGUGCAACACUAUUUUGUGUUCCUGAACUGUAUUACCCUGCUGCACACACAAACAAACACAAGUAAAAGGGCUAAAUCCACCGCCUGCUUCAACCUAACUAGACAUAUCCACAAACAGAGAGAAGGCAGUGACUUCAGAUCACUUCCUGAUCCUGAUCACAACCAGAGGGGAUGGGUAGUGUGUGUAAAUGUGUGUUUUCUUUGUCGUGUGAAGAUGAACAUAGCUAAUUUUUCUUCUUGUACAUUUUCGUCUCGUUUAUUUUUAUAUCAAGCAACCUCAUAAGCAAAACGAAUCGAACCUCAGCGGCUCAUAACGGAACUGUAAGGCAGCGACGGUCAGUCAUUAAAGUCGGCCAGAUAAGAAAAAACAUAUUGAACAACCACAACCCGACCGACUGCCUGACUGACAGGACGCUGCCGUGAACUGGCACUAACAACUUCCAAAACUACUACUACUACUACUUCUACUACUAGUACUACUACAGUGGAAUAUCGUGACACAAUCAGAGAGAGAGAGAGACAGUUUGUCUUAGCAUUUAAAAAUCCCAGAGGUGUAAAAUUGGGCUACUAAAACUUUGUGAGAGCGCAUUUCGCAUUUCCCUUUUUAACGUAAAAAUUUUGAGUGCCUUUACCAUGUUGUCAGUGGCAAAAAUUUUCAAAACGUAUACAAAAAUUUUGAAUUGCAGAUUUUUCUUUCUUCAAUUUUGCUUAGAAAUAAAGUUUGAUAGUUUUGCAGUGAUCCACGAAUUUAAGUUAAUUCACACAAAUGUUUCUCAUGUUCAGUUUUAAGGCUUUUACACACAACAGUUACUUUAUACAUGAAUUUAAUUAUAAAUUCAUUGUAUAAAAUUCCUGUCUUAAAAAAAUUGUGUGAAUUAACUUGAAUUUUAUUUUGAAGCAACUUGGCCUUUACGACAAUGGAAAAAAUUGCAACUUAAAAUCAAACCCAUGCUACUACUGAACUACGAUGAUUUACGAGUGUAAACUUUGAAGUACUUUGAUGGUUAAUUUUUUAUUAAUUGAUCAGUGAGGAAACUGUCUCCCUCUCUCGGAGCUGUUUUACGUUGUGUUCGCUCUCUCUGUACACCCCUCUCCCUCGGGAAUAUGCGUUCACGUACGUCUGACUGUGUGUGUGUGUAUGUGUGUGCACGGCCAUAUGAAUACUGGACUUCCAUUCGAAUGCACGUGGACUGUUUUUAAAUGUAUUUAUUUGGAGCCCAGGCGUGUUUGUCUUUGUGUGUGUGUGUGUGGGUGCGAGUUUAGUUUCUACAUUGACUUGAGAAGAAAGCCAUGUAUUAAAAAUAUCACAUUUAUGCUGCAGAAACUGUUUUGAGGAACUGAUGGUUUGUGUUGUGGACUAUCCAGCUUGCCGUAGGGCACGGCGGGCUGGGAUUCGAAUCGGACUUAGCAAUAAGAAAUCCCUCUGAAUCCAAAAAGCUUUAUGUAGAUCUCCUGUAUAUGAGUUGAGAACAGACUGUCUGGGUCUAUUGGUUCUGUUGUUGUUUAUUUUUAGUUUUGGCUGAUUUUUGUUGUGCUUAUUUUUAUUUUCUCUAUGACAUAUAAAUGCAUAUAAAACUGUGAAAAUCCAUUGUGUUCAGUUAAAGGGUGAGUUUUAGGUUAGUUUUUUUCUGCAUGUUAAUCUAAUUUGUUCAAUUAUGGAUGAUUUCUCCUUUCUCCAUCUCUUCUCGCGCUACACAUAUAUAUAAAUAUAUAAAUAUAAAAAUAUAUAUAAUCUCGCUCUCAGGGUCUUUCACAAAUCCAUUAUCCGAAAUACUUCAUGUUCUUAUUUCCUGAGUUGCAAUUUUCCAAGUCCUGAUUAUUUUGUCUUUUUUUUUUUUUUUUUAAAUAAUGAUUCAGAACUGUCAAUCACUACAUUUAGCACUUGACUGUGAACUCGUCAUCACCUAACAGAAAAAAUGUCAUUUCAUUUUGGAGCUUUUUAGCCAGAAUAUCACCUGACAUUUUUGUUCCAUUGUCCCCUCUCACUCAGACAUUUGUUUUCUUUACUUUUCCUUUUUUCCAGUUUUAACCCUCGUGUUGAACUUUCUGUCCCGGUCAGAGGUCAAAGGGAAACGUCAGAGAGGAGAUUUAAAACACAUCCCUCCACUAACACAAACACACACAUAUACAUGCUGGACCUCAAUCAGAAAGCAUUAACACACAAUCAUCUGGAAAACUUUCAUUUUUCUGCGAUUGUGUUUCCAUCCCUUCCAUCCUUCCACCCCUUCGUCUGUCUCCCUCCCUCCCUCCCUCCCCCGUUAGUAAGACAUGACAGUGUUUCACAAAGUCAAGAGAUGUAAACCUGUUCUGUAUUCAACCCAAUAAGAAAAAGCAAUAAAGAUUAUAUUAAGGAAAGGUGUGUGAAUCAAA